AUGAUGGGUCACAAUCACGUAAUGCUGGGCUCGCUAGAGUACCUGCGGACAGGUUAUCCAAUCCUCCUCCUCGUUGCUUUUGCGUCAGCAUUUGUGGCCAAUUCAAUUGUGACAGCCAAAACCGCGUCCCGAAACACCAAAGCUUCACAAACCGGUCCAGGCGGCAGGCCCCUUCCGAAGCGUUCAAGGAGCACUGUGGCCGUGGUAAAAGCGCCACAGAAGUUCUCCCGAAAUGCAAAACUAUGUUUCAAAUGGCUGUCUUUCUUGGUCCUGGUCACACUGGUUGCGGAAGCCGCCGUUAACGUGACCCAUGUGAUGAUAGCCAGAUCAGAACAAUGGUGGUGUGGGCAAGCUGUAGUGAUCUACACAGUAGGAUCCUUCUUCGAUUAUGCCAUCAUCCUCGUCUCGCUAUUGGAUACCGAUCCGUCACCCACAUUUGCUCAAUUCAUCCCAUGGCUUCUAGCCGUACCUAUCGAAUUCGCGAUCCUGGGGCUUUCACUGUCCAUAUACAGUCACCCGCAUCAUGAACCGGUGGUGGGAAACCCCACUGGUGGCCCGCUUCGCGAAGGGUUCACUCUAUGGGAAAUUGCGGUAAUUGUCUGCAACAGCAUCCGCCUCCUGCUCUUAUUCAUCCUAGUCCUGUUGUAUACUUGCGGUUCCUUCCGGAUUUCGUGUACCGCGCACAAACCCGGCCGUAUUCAGGACGACGGGCCUACGGAAACUACGGGACUUCUUCACUCUGGUACAGAGAACGGUCAUGCCUAUGGUGCAGCGAAUGGUUCUCACCCCAACCAGCAAGAGUCGAAGCCUACAGACCCGUGGGUUCGCCCAACAACUGUGCCAUCCACCUCCUGGUGGGAGUAUCUAAGCGGCUAUUCCUUAUUCUUCCCAUACCUAUGGCCGUCCAAGUCUCGCCGGCUACAGCUUGUUGUGCUCGUUUGCUUCCUGCUCAUCGUUCUUCAGCGUGUCGUCAACGUCCUCGUCCCCUAUCAAGUUGGUGUAAUUACCAGAGCCUUGUCCAACCAGGGCAACGAAUUCCGUGUGCCGUGGUAUGAGAUUUGCUUAUACAUCUUCUACCGUUGGCUACAGGGCAACCAGGGGCUUAUAGGAUCUCUACGCUCCAGCUUAUGGAUACCAGUCAGUCAGUAUUCCUAUAUGGAACUUUCGACAGCUGCUUUCGAACAUGUCCAUAGCCUUAGCCUGGAUUUCCAUCUUGGAAAGAAGACUGGCGAGGUUCUUUCGGCUCUGAGUAAAGGCAGCUCUAUCAACACUUUUCUAGAGCAAGUCACCUUCCAGGUCGUUCCGAUGUUGGUCGACCUCUGCGUCGCAAUUGUUUAUUUCCUCGUUGCUCUUGACGCAUACUACGCUCUUGUGGUUACGAUUGUGACGUUCUGCUAUCUUUAUGUGACUAUUCGUAUGGCUCAAUGGAGAGCAGAAAUUCGGAGGAAGAUGGUCAAUUCCUCUCGGCAGGAAGAUGCAGUGAAAAAUGAUUCUAUGGUUUCAUACGAAACCGUAAAGUAUUUCAAUGCGGAAGACUACGAGUUUGGACGGUACCGAGGCGCGGUGGCUGACUUUCAGUCCGCCGAGUAUCACGUCCUGUUCUCUCUCAACCUCAUGAACACCUCGCAAAACACCAUUUUUAUGCUGGGCCUGCUGAUUGCAUGCUUCAUUGCCGCUUACCAAGUUUCAAUUGGCCAGCGAGAUGUAGGUCAAUUUGUCUCUCUGCUCACAUACAUGGCCCAAUUGCAGGGGCCCCUUAACUUCUUCGGAACCUUCUAUCGUUCCAUCCAGUCCGCUCUGAUCAACUCAGAGCGGCUUCUCGAGCUGUUCAGAGAACAGCCUACAGUUGUUGACCGACCUAGCGCCCGACCAUUGCCGGUGUGCAAGGGAGACAUCAAAUUCGACAGUGUUGAGUUUGCUUACGACGCCCGUAAACCUGCUCUGAAUGGUCUAACAUUCCAUUGCGAACCUGGGACCACGACGGCCCUAGUCGGUGAGUCUGGUGGAGGAAAGUCCACCGUUUUCCGCCUACUGUUCCGAUUCUAUAAUGCGGGAAGAGGCCGCAUACUAGUCGACGGUAAUGAUGUGGAAAGCAUCACCAUUGACUCCCUCAGAAGGCACAUUGGAGUGGUGCCUCAGGAUACUGUUCUCUUCAACGAGACCCUGAUGUACAACUUGAAAUACGCAAACCCCAAUGCCACGGACGAAGAUGUCUUUGAUGCUUGCCGGGCAGCCAGUAUUCACGACAAGAUCACAUCAUUCCCUGAUGGCUACGACACCAAGGUUGGUGAGCGCGGUCUGCGCCUAAGUGGUGGCGAGAAACAACGUGUAGCUAUCGCUCGGACCAUUCUCAAGAAUCCGCGGAUCAUUCUCUUGGAUGAGGCUACAGCUGCGCUUGAUACUGAGACGGAAGAGCAUAUCCAAAGCGCCCUGUCUACCCUUUCUCGGGGUCGCACAAUGCUCGUCAUCGCACACCGACUGAGCACAAUCACAACAGCGGACCGUAUUCUGGUGCUCAGCGAGGGGCAGGUUGCAGAAAGCGGGACGCAUGACCAACUUCUUGCUAUGAAGGGCCGAUACGCGAGCAUGUGGCGCAAGCAAAUCCGUGCUCAGAGAGCCGCAGCAGAAGCCCAGGUGCUACAAGACCGAGCUCAACGCUUGCGCAGUGCCUCAACUUCGGCGGCCGCGGAUGACAGCUCUAGCCAGUCCGACGAGGACCAAAACAACAACCGUGGCACAAAUGCAAACCGACAAGUGCAGUUUCACCACCCAUAG